AUGAUUAAUGGACAUCCAAAUCAUAGGGAUGCGCCCGAUGGAGCACACAAAGCAGGACCUCUUUUGAACGAAUCGGUUCCUCAUUCCAACUUAGACAAUGUUCCCCCCGCCUCUCACUCACAUCCAAGACGGAUUGGCUCGUAUAAAUCCAGUUCAGAAUCUGAUGUGGAAGUGCGUCCAACCAAGCGGACGCCUGCCGCUACGCCUCGGAAAGCCGGCAAAACUCCACGCAGGACACAGAAAGCAAUGAGAGAUGCCGAGCAGGCAAGAAGGGAAGCUUUUGCUCGCGCUCUAUUUGAAGAUUUAAAUCGCACCAUCUUCGGUGAAAAGAUCCCCGCUACCACACAAUUGACGUGGAACAAGAGGCUGCUGACCACUGCCGGGAGGGCCAGAUGGCACAAGUCGAAUGAUAAUGCGCGAAAAUAUGAAAUCGAGCUAGCGACCAAGAUUCUGGACUGUGACGAACGUAUCCGUAACACACUCUCCCAUGAGAUGUGCCAUCUGGCAUGCUGGAUCAUUGACGAAGACCCCAAAGAGCAUCACGGGAGAAAAUUCAAAGCGUGGUAUGUUCGCGUCAUGAGAAAAAGACCCGACAUUGAAGUGACGACCAGACACAACUACGACAUCGUAUGCAAGUACCAAUGGAAAUGCGAGCAAUGUAAUCACAUCUACGGCCGCCAUUCAAAAUCUAUGCGACCAAACGCUGUAUGCGGACGAUGCAAUGCCGGCCGACUCAUUCCUCUGUUCGAGAACACACGGCGUGCUCCUCGCACACCGAUCGCCAAGACUGGAAUUCACCUGCCUUCCACUCAAAGCAACGGUGGGUGCAUCCCUUCGUUGUAG